GAACAGUUGCUUGCAAUUUUGCAAAAUUCGAUUUGCAUUUUCAACAUUUGGCAUUCAACACGAUACACGCUUGAUAAUGUAAAGUGUAAUUAAUAAUUGAUUGAUACUGUUGCUUGCGUGCAGUUACAACAAACGUAAUAUUGUUAAAUCGACCGUGAGUCUGAGAGACAAAGUUUGUACCAAUAAGGUACCAAAUUAAUCAACAUGAAGCUAUUUUAUUUAUUUAAAAUCAUUUUGUGGUUUUGCUCGAUUCGUGCGGAAGAAUACAAUUUAUCCGGUGAUGCCGGCCAAGCGUACUCAAUAGAUAUUCUUAUGGGACACCCUAAACAAAAGCUUCGAGUUAUUGUUGAUACUGGUAGUACAACGUUGGCUAUAGCUUCUUACGCACGGCGUGAAAAUGACGAAUAUUUUCAUGUAGAUAACUCUACAACAUUGGACGACAGUGGCAAGGAGGUUCAGGCGAAGUAUUCACAAGGCAAUUGGAUAGGACAUUAUGUGACAGAUUUUGUUGAAAUACCAUCAUUGAAAAAUAUUCGAGAAGUAAGAUCAGAUUUUGCAAUUAUAACAAAGAGUCACAAAUUCUUUGUGAAUGGAUCAGGUUGGCAGGGUCUUCUCGGCUUGGCAUACGAACCAGUAGGGGCGUGGGGAGAGCAUGUGAUAGUUGGAUCUUGGUUGGACUCCCUUGAAUGUGAUUUGGGCAAAAGUGUCAGCUUUGAAUUGAAAUUGUGCGGAGUUCAAAGCACAACUAAUGCUAUUCACUAUGGAAAGUUUUCUAUGAUAGUUGAUGAGAAUAUACCAAAUAACACAUCUCCGUUCCGAACACCAAUUCUCCACAAGCGAUGGUAUGAAAUUGGCGUUCUUGCAAUCGGCAUCAGGCAUCCAAAUGAGACAUUGAAUAAUUCAAUCGCACCUGACACAUUUGUUUCCGAUAACCCCAAUGAAGAAAUGUGCCAGAAACUCAAUCAGCAGAAAAGUAUUGUUGAUAGUGGUACUACAGACAUUAGAUUACCAGAUGAAGUAUACAGAGAGUUGGUGCACAAAUUAAGGCAAGAGUCCCAGGCACUGAACAUGCUAAUAUUAGAUGAAUUUUGGUAUCAUGGUGAGGCAGCUUGCUGGCCCGAGCCUCAAGAAUGGUUAGCGCUGCCGUGGCUUCAAAUAGACCUACUGAGCGAUGUCGCUGAUAACCAAUACUUCACUUUGGAGAUACCGCCUCAGAACUAUAUGCGAGUGGUGACCGCUCGCAACAGCAGCGGGGACGGCGGCUCGGUGUCUCAGUUCUGCUACAAGUUGGGGCUGGAGGCGGGAGGUGUGGAUACAGUGCUCGGAUAUACUGCUAUGGAGGGUCUGAAGGUACUCUUCAACAGAUCAGGAGGUUGGAUUGGCUUCGACACAUCCUCCUGUGGGCCCAACGCUCGCGUAUCAGGCCCGUACACCGUUCCAUACUCCUUCAUCGACUCUUGCAAGCUCACCAGAUCGGAUUCUGAGACAGCAGUCUCCAUAAAAGCUGCACAAUGGGCCCUAUGUGUCAUAUCUAUUGUAGCCGGGUUUGUACUGAUAUAUCUUUUGGCACCAGCUGUCAGGAUGUGCAUAUUGAGAAGGAGACAAAGCUCGGCGCAUUCUGUAUCGCAAGACGCGUUGGUUGAUCAGGAAUUGAGUUAAAAUGGCUGCUGUUAUGGGCAGAAAUUUUUGAAAAACUGAUGUUUACGCUAUCUGUCUCUCUUACUCAUGCACGGUUAUUGUGUGAGUGAGAGAGGCAGUGAUUCAGCGUAAAGUCUCUGAAGCAAGUAAUUGCAAAAUUGAGAGAAGAACAACCGAUAAAACAUUAAAAAUGAAUGAAUAUUUGACUUUCUCGCACUUGCACGCUCCUUGGAUGAGUGAGAGGGACAAAUUAUUUUUGAGAAAGUGUGACUUCAAGAAAUCAAGUCAAGAACAGAUGACAACCCAUCAGACAUGUGUUGUUGUAGCAAAAUGGUUUCUAUUACAACUAGAUAAAAUACAAAAU